AUGGACCUCCUCCCAGACUGGGCCGCCCACGCCCUCUCCAACCACGACAACCUCCGCGCCUACUACCCCUACGCCCGCACAGCCUACUCCUACCUCUCCCUCGCCCGCUCCUACGCCCUGCCCCUCAUCGACCAAGUCUCCCGCAAACCCGACCUCGCAACCAUCGCCCUGCUGUUAGUCAUCCUCUUCAUCUCGCUCAAGAUCCUCAACAUGCUGUGGCAGACGUUCAUGUUCUGGUUCCGGAUGGCGAGGAGGGUGGUGUUCUGGGGCGGGCUGGUGGGUUUGGGGCUGUGGAUGUAUACGCGGGGACCCGAGGGGGCCGUGGAGGAUGUGGGGUAUUGGGUCGAGGUUUGGGGGCGGGAGAGGGAGUAUUGGGUUGAGAGGGAGAGGGUUGCGAGGUUGGGGCAGCAGGUGAGGGGUGGGGGGCCUAGGGGGAGGGGGGAAGGGUGGUUUUGA